AUGGUGGUCAGCGUCUCGACAGCCGCCCAUGCGGCGGGUUGGGUCCUUUUCCAGUCCGGGAACAGCAUGCUCGAACAGUCGCUGGCCUGCUGCGAGGAAGGGCUCAAGACGGCCGUCCGCGAGGCCUUUGCCGCUGGCCUGGCGGCCUUCGAGUGGGCCAUGGGCCUGGCGUGCUGCGCGGCCGAUGGCCUUUGCGGGGGUAGGGCCGAGGGCGGCGGGAGGCUGCAGGAGGAGAGGCGGAGGUUUUGGAGCGGUCUGAUGGACGGAGGGGGCGGGUCGCUGAACCGGCUGGUGCGGCAGGCGUGCGGGGAGGGCGCGGAAGAUUACUGUCAUGGACCGUCCUCGGCGACGUCUUCCAGCGGCGGAUCGGAAGGAACGGAUAAUGAGUCAAUAAAUGACUUGAAUGCCAGGGCAAAACUUCUGAGGCUGCGGUCUGGGGACACCCUGAAGAGGGCAAUGUGUCGCAUGCCUAGGCACCCGGCCUGCGAUGCAAAUGAUGCAGGGCCAGGUCGGGGCAGAGGGCUUGUCGACGAAUGCCACAUGGGCAUCGAGAUAUUGAUCAUGUGGGCGUUCCGGCUCCUGCGCCUCAUUUUCUGUGCGAGGCGUUCUUUCACAUUUGAUGGCGGAAUGCGGAAAAUGUUUCCAGAAUUGGAUGAUGGAAACUAUUUGGCGAAACAGAAGGCGAAGGGCCACCUUCGCGAUGCUACUAAUCCCCUCCUAUCCCCCCGGCUUUGGAGAUCUUGCCGGGGCGUCACGACGGCCGGCGACCUCAUCUCCAAGGCGGGCUACCCGCUGGAGGAGCACCGGGUCAGGACGGCGGAUGGUUACGUAAUCACAAUGCACCGGAUCCCAGCCCGGGCCUCAAGGCGCGCCGUGUUCUUCAUGCACGGCAUGCUGGACUCGUCCGUGUGCUGGGUGAGCAAUGGGGUAAUAAAGUCGCCGGCGUUUGAGGCGUACAAUCAGGGUUUUGAUGUGUGGCUGGGAAACUCAAGGAACACGCCACCCCGGGAGCACGUGGACCCCUCCAUCCAAAACUCCCUCAAGUACUGGGCCUUCACCGUGAACGAGCUGGGCGAGCAGGACGUGCGGGCGUUCGUCGACUGUAUUCGCAAAAUCAAAGCCGCCGAAUUGGGGUCCACGUCAUCGCAGCCACCAGAGUCAGAAGUUUCCGGGAAGUGCAAAGACGGAGAGUUUGAAUUCUGCCGUUUUCCGAAUGCGAGUGACAAAUUUUGGAGCGGAAUGGAGAUGGCGGAGAUAGUUGGAAGGGCAGGUCCAAUCAACAGGACUAGCGAUAGUGAUGCCAGGGUCAAUGGAAGGCCGCACGACGGGUUAGUGGGAAAUAGACAGGGGAGCGAUUGUUCAAGUGGCUUUCGGUUUCAACCAGAUGUCGGGUGCCAGCAUGCCGCCCACAGGUCCCUGAAGGCCCGGCCUAGGGGGAGACAACGGCGCAGGAGAUCGAUGGGAAGGGGAAGCCAAUCGAACCUGCAAGCUUCUGGUGUGACUGAUCCGGCCAGCCAAGAAUGCUUGAUGCGCCACCACUCAAUGUCCUUCAUCAGUGAAGGUGACUCUUCGGCAAGGCGUUUGAAGAAUCAGACGCGUUCAAACAAGCCAGGCUUGGGUGAAGCUGGGCACAAGCAGCCACAGAUGCACGAGAAUUGCAGGAAUGGCGAAGACCAACUGAGUGCUGGAGAGGGCUUCUUUACGCUGAACGCCGUUGGCCACAGCCUGGGGGCUGCCUCUCUGCUCAUCUAUGUCAUCAUGUCACGCCGAUCAGGCAAGACCCAUGGUCUAGACCGACUCAUCCUAUUGGCACCAGCCGGGUUCCACGCCCACCUGCCUCCUAUGUCCGCCCUUGCCUACUACCUCCUGAAGCCCGCGGCAUGGCUCCUGACAAAGGCCCUGGGACUGCCAGGAUUCGGCGUUCAGAUCCCCAGCGCCCUGGCCCGCCUGGUGGCAUUCAAAUUCCUGCACGACUUCAGAAAGCUCCCCGCCCUUGGAGACAUCGUUGGAAGGUUUGCCGAUUUGUUGACCAGCGGAGACGGUAGCUCCUGGGGUAGGGCCGUCUGCUCGCCACACUAUCUUAGCAGCUUCACUCCUGGAAUUUCACUCCACACGGGGCUUCACAUUGUGCAGUGGUUCCACACCGGAAGGUUUGGAAUGUACGACUACGGCAACCCGGUAGAGAAUUUGGUGCACUACGGAUCGCUAAGGGCUCCCGAUCUGGGUGAGGAAUACGGGCUGAUAGACAUCCCUGUGGAUUUCAUGUCUGGGACGAAUGACGGAGUCAUAUCGAGGUUAAACGUCCGAAUGCACAUGGAAGCUGCGCAGAGGGGAAAGCUGAAGUGCACUUAUCAAGAAUUUGAUCAUAGUCACCUGGACUUCGCGUCGACCAUGAGGGAGGAGGUCAUGCGAGCGGUGAUGGCGAAGAUGACGCUUAGUUAG